AUGAAGGCAUCGGGCACGCUUUGGGAGUACAAGGUGGUGGGGAGCUGCUUGCCCACUCCGAAGUGCCAUAGGCCACCGCUGUACCGAAUGCGCAUCUUUGCGCCCAACCAUGUGGUGGCCAAGUCCCACUUCUGGUACUUCAUGUCGCAGCUGAAGAAGAUGAAAAAGUCGUACGGGGAGAUAGUAUACUGCGGGCAGGUCUUUGAGACGUCACUGCUUCGUGUAAAGAACUUCGGCAUCUGGCUGCGCUACGACUCAUGCAGUGGCACACACAUGUACCGAGAGUACUGGGACCUGACCACCGCUGGUGCCGUCACCCAGUGCUACCGCGACAUGGGUGCCCGGUACCGUGCCCGUGCGCACUCCUUCCAGAUCAUGAAGGUGGAAGAGACUGCAGCUGGCAAGUGCCGCUGGCCAGCUGUCAAGCAGUUCCAUGACUCCAAGAUCAAGUUCCCACUGCCCCACCGCGUGUUGCAAUGCCAGCACAAGGCACACUUCACAACCAAGAGGCCCAACACCUUCUUCUAG